UGUGGCCGGGGCUGCAGCGGAGCAGCGCCAUGGCUCCAGCGCUGUGGCUGGGGGUGCUCUUGGGGCUCCUGGGGCUUCUGGGGGACCCGGGGGGCGCGACGAAAGUUCUCCACUCCUUGCAUUACCUGGCUGUGGCGGUGUCAGAGCCCAGCCCGGGGGUCCCCGAGUUCAUGGAUAUGGGGUUCGUGGAUGGGAUCCCCUUCACACGCUACGACAGCGAGCGGGGCCGGGCGGAGCCGCUGACACAGUGGAUAAAGGAUGGAGCCGAGCCGGGAUAUUGGGACAGGGAGACCCAGACUUCUGUGGGGAACCAGCACGUCAAUGCCAGGAACCUGGAGACAUUGCGGGAGCGGUACAACCAGAGCGGGGGUCUCCACACAGUGUUGAUAGUUCGUGGCUGCGACCUCCUGUCUGAUGGGAGCAUCCGUGGAUCUGAGCGGCACAGCUAUGAUGGGCGGGAUUUCAUCUCCUUUGACCCGGAAUUCGGGAGAUUCGUGGCGGCCGACAGCGCUGCUGAGAUCACCAGGAGGCGCUGGGAGCAGGAACAGGUGGCUGAGGAUUGGACGAAUUACCUGAAGCAUGUCUGCCCAGAAUGGCUCCGGAAAUACGUCGGAUACGGGCAGAAAGAGCUGGAGCGCAAAGAGCCCCCUGAUGUCCAUGUAUCCAGAAAAGAGGAACACGGGACACUGAUCCUGUCCUGCCACGCAUACGGUUUCUACCCCAACACCAUCGCAGUCAACUGGAUGAAGGGGGAUGAAAUCUGGGAUCAGGAGACAGAGUGGGGCGGGAUCGUUCCCAACAGCGACGGCACCUUCCACACCUGGGCCAGGAUCCAGGUGCUGCCGGAGGAGUGGGAGCAGUACCAGUGCAGGGUGGAGCAUCCCGGAAUGCUGGAGCCUGGGAUCUUCACUUGGGAGCCGACAUCUGGCAGAAAUCUCACUGUGGUGGUCACUGUGUCCGUCAUCGCUGCCAUCCUCAUCCUCACUGUCCUCAUUGGAUUCGGUGUCUGGAAGCUCCAAUCCGGGAAGAGGGACAGGAGUGGAUACAACGUGGCAGCUGGAAAGGACGUGGGAAGGAAUGGCUUGACCGCAGGAAUCACAGCCUGAGCGAUCCAUGGAGCUGGAUCCAGCCUCUCCCCUCUUCCCAGGAAAGCUGAGAGCUGCCAGCAGAGCUCAUCCCGCUGCUCCCACCCACCCCACAGCUCUUGCUAAGGGAUCCAUUUCCUAUUUUCCAUUUCCCAAUGCCAAGACCCACAAAUAUUCGCAAUGCUUCACUUCUGGUAUGAAAUUAUCCUGCUUGGGGCAAUAAAUCGAGCUUGGGGCAAUAAAUCCUGCUUUGGGCAAUAAAUCCGGGUUCUCUC